CCGGAUAUCCAUGUUGAAACAUAGCGGAUUCUCCCGCCAACAUGGCAGCACUGAGCCGCAGCAUCCGUGAAGAAGGAAGAAGCAGCAGGCACAGGCGGCAGCAGCACGGACAGCAGCCAUGGCAGAAUCCGGCGUAACAACAGUCGAGUAACAGACUCGAUGCAGCAGAGGCCGCGGCAGAGCAGAACAGAGCAGAGCAGCAGACACAGCAGUACCGUUGUUCGACAUUCCGACAUUUUGCGUGAAAUGCCUCAGUCGACGUCGAAUGGGCCACGUGUACGGACAUGCGGCGCGAAUUCUUAGAAGAAACUAACGGUAACAACCAAAAACAUCGCGAUUCGGCAUUCCGGAAGAAAAUCCAGUGAAGUUCGUAACGAAAGAGUUCUUGAAAGAUUUCAACCAUUUUGUUUUUGGUAUUUAAUUUCAAAUAAUCGUGCCGGUUUGGUAUUUUUUUUCGAAAUUAUUUUUGUUGGUUGUUUUUUUUUUUGGAAAAGUGAAAAGUGGCGGAGAAGUGUGCGAGAAGAGAAGAGAAGAGAAGAGAUAGAGAAGAAGUGUGUGCGGGGGUGUGUGUGUGUGCCAAAAAGGCGAAAAGUUUGUGCCGGCUUGGAGAAAUGCGCGCCAAAAUUUCGACACAAACAAAUGUCAAAUAAAACGAAUGGCGGAGAAAAUAAUCAAAAUAACAUUUCAAUCAGGAAAGGAUAUAAUCCAAAAAAAAAAUAAUCUGAAGAGCAUGAACGGGGAAUCGAACUGAAAUAAACAACAUUAAUCUGUUGUUGUUGGCGGCCAUCUAAGGAGCGUCGAAUUAAUAAAUGAUUUAAGCAUCGGUAUGGUGUAUGAUUAACAUACGCAUUUGUACGCACGCCGGGAUUUUUGCGUUACGUGUGGAGAAGCACUUGCCAUUGCGAGCGAGCGAGACGGAGACAAUAAGACUGAAGCUGGCAAAUCUCACGCAAAAUGCUAGCAAGAAGAAGAACCGGCACCUCCAACUCACAACAACAACAACAACAACACCUAGAAGAAGAAGAGAAAGAGCAACAAAUACAACAACAAAAUCAAAAAUUAAUCCUUCGCCCAGGACUCUGGCUGCUAAUGUUGCUAAUUGUUGGCCAAGCAGUUAACGUUUCUGCCGCCAGCGAGGACAUCAUCGUCGCAAACACUUCCUCCCAAAUCCAUGAGUCGAAGACGCCCGCCAUCCGGCGGCAGGAUAUGGCCGAGGGAGAAGAGUCCUGGACGGAGCCACAGCGGUUGACCCUGGCGAGGCCGCCUCGGGCUGGCAGGAGCGAACGACAGGCGGAGGAGGAUCAGGUGGACAGGUGCCGGCUGUUCGUCGAGGGGGAUCCCACCAAGAACGAGCUAUACAGCCCCGAGUAUCCCAACCUGUAUCCGAAGAACAUCAACUGCACGCGAGUGAUUGUGGCGCCAAAGGGCCAAGUCAUACGCCUGGACUUUCGCAACUCCUUCAAUAUCGAGGCCAAGGAGGAGUGCAAAUUUGAUUUCCUCGAAAUACGAGAUGGUCAGUAUGGUUUCUCAACGUCAUUGGGAAAAUUCUGUGGCACUGAUUUCCCGCCGGAAAUCACCUCCAAGGAGCGCUAUUUGUGGCUGCACUUUCACUCCGAUGAGACCAUCGAGUACACGGGCUUCAGUGCCGUCUAUGAGUUUCUGGACAGGAAUCGGGAUGCCCCCAGUACGGAUCUCAACUGCACCAUCGAGCGGGAUGGUUACGAGGGAUUUGUAAACUCCACGGAUGUUCCGGCGGAGAUCCGAGAGCAGGUGAUCCGGAAUAAGGUCCCUUUGGACUGCAUUUGGCGUAUUCAAGUCAGGGAGAACUGGAAGAUUUUCAUCAAGUUCCUGGAAUUUAAGCUGAGCAAACCCAAUGAUUGUGAGACAAAUUUUUUGGACUUUUUCCCCGAACAGACCGUCAUGCCUUUGAGAGUCAAGAACUUUUGCGGGUCGGCUGGUGAGAGUAUUACGGCGGAAUCGAAUAUUCUACAUUUGCGAUUCUAUGCAGAUCCCAACGCGAUUAACUCAACAUUCGGGAUUCUGUAUACGGCGUUCCGGGAUAAAGGAGCAGCCUGCACUGUGGACGAAUACGAUUGCGACGACGCGACCUGCAUUUCAAAGGAUUUGGAAUGUAAUCAGCUUGACAAUUGUAAAUUUCGAUGGGACGAGGAGAACUGUGGGACUGAAACCCAGGGCCAGUCGGAGCAUGUGAUCAUCAUUGUGGUUGUCUUUGGACUGAUACUCGGCGGCAUGGUUAUGACUUUCAUCGUCAACUGCAUCCGCAAGAUAAUACGUGAUCAGAAGAUAAUUCGGGAACACAUCCGGGAGUCCAAGGAGAGUAAGCUGGACGAGAUGGGUCGCAACUCCAAGGCCCGUUCCAGAGAGAACAUCUCGAGGCAAAAACAUUCGCAAACAUCGCUGCAGAUCCUGGACGACGUCUCGAGCAGAUAUUACCGCGAGGCAGUGCCCCUCUCGUCGGCCUCCAGCAAGGCGGACUUCAAGGACAAGGAGCACAGUAUCCUGCGAAGGCAUGCGGACCUGGCCCAAACGAGUCUCGGCGGUGGCGGCGGCGAUGAUGGGGAGUCGAGUUCGACCACCACAGCUACCCACAAGAUGAUGACGAAGGCCUCGAUGUCCGCCGCUCCCAUUGGUGCCUGCGACAUGGGCUGCCAAACGAGGGAAUCGCUAUAUGUCAACAGUCCCGGAAUCGGACCCUCGCCCGGUUCUGUGCCCGGACCCGGAGCCGGAAUGGGUAGUGUUGCCAUUGGCGGAAUAGUCGCUGCUGGUCCUGGUCCUGGUCCUGGCGGCGGAGUUGCUACUUUAAUGAGACAAAAGUCCAGCUCCUCGUCCUUGGGCGGUGGCAGUGGAGUGGGCGUGGGCGUGGGUAUGGUGGCGACAAUGAUGCCACCGCCUCCGCCGAGAUUCUUCUCCACCUUCGGCUAUGAGCCAUCGCCGGGCGUGGGGCAUGGAAGCACGUUGACACGGCGCAGCAUGCAACAUCCCCAGCAACAUCCCCAGCAGCAGCAGCAGCAGCAGCAGCAGCAGCAGCAGCAGCAGCAACAACAGCAGAUGAUUGUGCCGCGCCAGGAGUCCCUGGAGCUGGAGGAGCGGCACAGUGGACGUUCGCACUACGGCGGAUUGUUGGUGGCCUCGACGGCGAAGCCACCACAGGAGAUCUGUCAUCACCACCAUCAGCAUCAGCAGCAGCAGCAGCAACAUCAGCAGCAAAGGUUGCAUCAUGCUCAUCCUGCACACCCACAUCCACCGAGUGUGGCCGCCCGCCUGCCGGUGAUGAAAGGACAUGGCAUGGGAAUCGUCCCAGGACAGACAACGAUCCUGCCCGGCGGCGGCAACAAGCAGCAGCAGCAGCAACAUCAACAGCAGCAGCAACAGCAGCAGCAGCAACAUCAGGCGCCCAAGAACGAGGAGUCGAAAGUGUUCAUCGACAUACGGAAUUCAGCACCAGACGUGAUUAUCAUGACGUCCCAUUGACAUUUAAGGAUUGCCCGCCAAUCAGCAACAACAACAAGAGCAGGAGAAGCAGGAGCAGGAGAAAAAAGGAGCAGUCGAAAGGACGACAGGAUGAGCAACAACAACUGGACAUUGGCCAACAUAUUAACCGCAGCCGGAGCGUCGCUGAUGACACAACACGAAGGACGACGCGAAGGACGACACGAGGGAUGCGAAGGAAACAACGGAAACGCUUUGCAAUCAGCCAGGAGGCUGUGGAGGGCGUGGCAUUCAACCCGACCAACUGCAUCCUGUUUUUUGCAUCCUGCAGGACUCGUUUCGCACUUCCUUUAUGGCCAUUCGACGCCUUGUUUUUAAAGCGCUCUUUAAAUGGCCACCAAAACACUUCUGGCCAAGGAAAUUACCGAAAUGAAUCCUUAAACUUUUUUUUUUUUUAUUUUUAACAAUUUUAAAACUUUUGCCAUAAACUAUUCGGGCGAAAAGUUUUUAACGCGAUUAUAUUGGGAAUUUAUUUUCACACUUAUCGGUGGCCAGGCAGAAACCCCCAAAAAUCAAUAACAAUCAAAAUAAUAACAAUGCAGGUAUUUGUUGAUGUUUUAAUUCUUUGCGUACAUGUUUUUAUUUAUUUUUCAACUCUCUAAGGAUUAUUGAAUAUUUAUACCAAUUUGUUAGGUUCAAGGAUCCUUUAAAGGAUAUUUAAAAAGGGAAUUAUGAUUAUAGGAAUGUGUUUUGUUUUCUAAUCAAGAGAUCCUAAAAUCUAUCUUGUAAUUUUUAUUCUAAAAGUUAAUUAGCAAAUUUUAAAUUAAAGUUAGUCAAGUCCCUCCUUAAUUAUUAUUUAAAUAGUUUUUCUCUAUUCUUAACAUUCAUUUUUCUCAGUGACUUGAAUUGUUUUAUUUUAUUUGUAAAAUUGCAACAGAAUUCUUUGGUGAUUUCAAAGAAAAUUAAGAAGUGCUCUCCCGAAAACAUCCUCCGAAGUGGCGAGCCUCGGAAAUGUAAGCCAAUUGGUAGCUAGUCUUUAAGACGAGGCUAGUGGCUCCCGGCUCUGGUCUAGACAAAUGGAAGAUGUGUCCGGUCCAGCCCCUUUGUAAUAUACCGCCGGGGCACUGCCGUAGUCGUAGCCGUAGCCUGUUCCAGUUGUUGCCGCCGGACCGCAAUUGCUGGCGACAUUUGCCGGACAUUUGCAGAGACAGCGGCAUUUUCUGGUCGAAAACAAUGCGAGAGAACUUGGGACACAGAAGCGGAUACGGAAUCGGAUGAGUUUGUUUUGGGGGGAAGAUAGGGGAAUACAGGAAAGUGGACAGUGGACAGUGGGCAGUGGACAGUGGGCGGGCAGACACUAAGCAGACCAGACCCUGUUGACAACAUGGCGUAUGAGCAACAUGUCCCAGAACAUUGUUAUCGGGCUCCAUCUGUACCUUUUUCCGCCGUACUCCGUAGCCCAUAACCCGUUUCUCUAUUCUCCGUAACCCGUAAUCCCCAAACCCGUAACCCGUAACCCGUAACAAACAAAAAACAAAAAGAAAAUGAAACGUUCAUGUUCAGACUGUUGGAAAAAUAGUGCUCGGACAGGAACUUCUUCAUUUACAUGCAUUAGGAACGUGGUCCAUUUCCACGACCAUGUCGCGACCAAAGUCCAUUCAUCACGGGCACGUGCUUGGGUCCUCCACUUUGCUUUCCCACUUUCUCCGCUUUAGCUUUCUGCUUUCCCCAUUACCUUUCUCCUCGCUUUUUCCUGGAUUUUUUUUUCUGGUUAUUUCUAGCAAUUUGCGUGAAAAUAGUUUUCUAAGUGAUUUCAAAAUGCUUCCCACCAGCCAUGCUCCAGACACUUUUAUUAAAUUAAUUCUGGUUCUGGUUCUGGUUCUGGGUUGGCAUCAAAAACUACUACGUACCACUUUUUUAACCCACUAAAGCCGGAAUUAGCUAGAGUUUCUAGUGGCAGGAUACUAGAGGAUUAAAAAACUUCACAGAAUACAUUUUCUUUUAAGAAAAGUUGGAAUUUUUAGAUUAGCUUUUUGUUUUAAACAAAUUAUAUUUGAAACUAUGGGUUCUAUCUCUAAUUUGUUAAGUUAAACACUUAAAAAUAAUCAUAACUUUAAAUAUUUUAAUACAAAGUAGCUCCUGUUGCUUUUAAGUUAUUAAUUUCUUAAUCUGUAAUUGAUAAACUGUGUGAACACUUGUCACUGGAGAGCCGAACAAGUCAAAAGUAUUUGAAAAGGGUUCCAGGUCCUUAGUCCUUGGUACUUGGUCCUUGAAAAGUUGACAAACUUUUCAAAAGUGGCAUUUAGUGGGUUAAUGGUAAAAAGGACGAACGGGGACGAAUCUUUUUAGUUCAUCUGCUAUCCAAAUCCUUUUCAAUUAGAUAAAUUAGCUGGCCACAGAUUUGUGGAUUUGGGCACCUGAAAAUGUCCUCAGAAGUCCUUCGGAGUAGAAGUCCUUUGGUCCGCAAUUAGCGAUGUCACCGUAAUGCGGUUUCCCUUUGGUUGGUUUUUGUUUUUGGGGUUUCCUGGGAGGGUAGGGCUGGAUGAUCCGGAGUCUGGGUUUUUUGGAGUCCUUCCAAUGGUGUAAAUAUUGUCGCAGCUGUCCGUGUGUAGAAAAGCCAAAAACGGGGGGAGUCCUUUUUCGUCACAAAAAUAAAGAUGACAAUGUGAGGGUGGAGUGGAGUGGAGUAGGAGGUGGCAAAUCCAUUUGAUUGAUUGAAUUUAAAGAGCAGCGACAGCCGAGCGACCGGGGCACAAGUAAUGAUGAUGAUAGUGAUGGUGAUGGUGCAGCGUUGCAAUUUCCUCAGAUAUCUUUCGCAAAAGUUCAAAUCAUUAGAGUGAUUAAAGUCCAAGUUGACAGGACCUCUGACAUUUUGCUCUCGGACCCACUAACCCUCAUCAUCUCGAACGUAAACGUAAUGACACUUUCUUUAUUUCUUCAAACUUGUAAAUAAAAAAAGAAAAAUCUUAAGAAAGGUUAGACUCAUUCGGUCGCAUCUAUAGUGUUUUUAAUUAGAUUUUUUCUAUCGACAGUUGUACACUUAUAUAUAUACCAUUUAAAUUGUUGAUUUUGUUCUGUUAUAGCCCCCGAAAGCCAAAAACACAAAAUAAAUCUAUUCUAGCUACAAUUUAAGACGAAAUUUAGCGAUUUUACUAAAAAAAAAAAAAACAGAAAAAUAGAAUCAAGAAUCUAUAGAGAAAACUAUGUGUACUAUAAGUCAGCUAUGCCUAGGAUUAAGUUAAGUGUAUGAUAUUUUUUUUUAUAUAAAAACAUAUACAUAAAUACUAAAAGUAUCAAAAUGAACUACAGAGAACAAAAGCGAAACCCAACAAUGAAACAUUUAACGUCGUAUGUAACUCUUUUUUUUUUUUUGUGGAAUGACUGUAAGCAUUGUAAUUGUAAUUGUAAAUUGUCGAGCGACAAAAAAAAUGUACACACACUGGACACAACAACCGGAAACAUAAAGUAAAUACUAAAAACUAAUUAAAAAGAAUUAAGAGAGGAGUAUAGAUUUAAAGUAAUGGGCAUGGCGUCGAAAUUGGUGUUAACCAUGACAUGUAAUGUGCGAGUGUGCCAGAAUAUUUUUUGGUGUGUGUUGAAUGAGUGUAAACUAAACUGAAUUGCGAUCAAAUAAAAAUUCAAAUUUGUGCAAAAAUACAUUAAAAUACU